UAAAAGGGGAGGCUACCCAUACGAACUUCCAAACAAGAACGAAAGAUGAUUGGUUGUACAGAUGAGGAAGCAUUAUUUGCUAACUGAAUAAAUGGAGUAUUGAUACUUGCAAUAACAGACAUAUCCUAAUAUGUGAAUGAUUAAGUUGAAAGUUAGUUAGAUUUAGAAUACUACUAAGCCAACAUUAAUGAUGGAGUUUACAAAUAUGUUACUGUCUUUGUUCUUCAUUUGGACAUUAUGUUUCUCCAUGUGUGAUUGUAAUACUGGAGGACGAGUGGCCCACCAACCCAAGUACAAUACAGAUAAUAGUAGUACAAAAAGUAAUGAGACACACCUCGAUGGAAACAAUACAGAUCACCAUCGUCAUAUUCAUGGUGUAGAAAUUGCUGAAUGGAAAUUUCAAGAGUUACGAGAGCCUUUCAUUUUUACAAUUGUUGUUUUAUUAGCUGGACUCAGCAAAAUUGGCUUCCAUUAUACAGACAAGCUAUCUUCCCUUGUUCCAGAAUCUUGUUUACUAAUUGUUAUUGGAACUGCUUUUGGUGUUAUAUUUUUCUUGACUGGGAUUUCUGAAAAAUUGCCAGAAUUUUUUACACCAGAAACCUUCUUCCAUUUUCUUCUUCCACCUAUAAUUUUAGAAGCUGCCUUCAGUUUAUAUGACAGAACAUUUCUACAUAACUUAGGAAGUAUUCUCAUAUUUUCAGUAAUAGGAACAUGUUGUGCUGCUUUUACUAUAGGUUUAUGUUUGAUUGGUUUACAUAAAGUAGGUGCCAUGGAAGAUAUAGAUGUAACACCUAUACAGCUUUUAGUCUUUAGUUCUCUAAUAGUAGCCGUAGACCCAGUUGCAGUGUUAGCUGUAUUUAAUGAAGUUGGUGUAAAUAGAGUUUUAUACUUCCUUGUCUUUGGUGAAUCCUUGUUAAAUGAUGGUGUGACUGUAGUGUUGUACAAUGUAUUACAGUCUUAUAACAGUAUAGCUUUACAAGGUGGAUCAAUCACAGCUAAGGAGGUGAUAUUAGGAAUAGUGAAAUUUUUAGUUGUAUGUAUUGGUGGUCUUGCUAUAGGUGUAAUAUGUGGAAUUCUAUCAUCGAUACUUACCAGAUUUACUGAUAAAGUUAAAGUUGUAGAACCUGUAGCCAUUUUUGGUAUGGCUUAUUUAGCCUUCAUUUUGGCAGAAAUGUUCCAUUUCUCAGGAAUUAUAAGCAUAAUAGCCUGUGGUUUAAUACAAGUGGCAUAUGCCUUCAACAACUUAAACAGGAAGUCCUGCACAGCAAUAAAAUACUUUACCAGAGUAAUGAGCUCAACAACAGAAAUUAUUAUAUUUAUGUUCCUGGGACUGUUGUUAGUGAGAGAUAACCAUCGAUGGGAGACAGGGUUUAUUUUAUGGACAUUGUUUCUUUGUAUAAUCGUUCGAUUCUUUUAUACAUACUUAUUUUCUUUAGCCAUAAAUAGAUUUGACCGGUCAAGAGUUAGAAGAAUUACCUUAGAUGAAAUGUUUAUCAUGAGUUAUGGAGGCUUGAGAGGUGCAGUGUGUUUUUCACUUGUUGCCUUAUUAAAACCAGAGGACUUUCCAACUGAAACCAAAAACCUUUUUGUAACAGCCACUCUAACUGUUAUCUUAUUCUCAGUGUUUGUUCAGGGGGCAACAAUCAAACCAUUGGUGAACAAAUUAAGAGUUAAACUUGCUACCUAUGUUGAGCCUAAAAUGUAUGAUGAGUUGAACUGCAAGGUAACAGAUCAUAUGAUGGCAGGAAUGGAAGAGAUAGUUGGACAUGAAGGCAACUUUUAUUUAAUGGAAAAAAUGAAAAGAUUUCAAGAUUUAUAUCUAAGGAAGUAUUUACUGAACGAUCCUGAAGGUUUUGAUCAGUCAGAGUUAUUACAAUAUUAUGAGAAAUUGGUAAUGAAAGAGCAUUACAGAAAUCUUCAUUUAUGUGGAGCCAAAAAUAUACCAGAUAAAUCAGAUCAUAUGCGUAAGAUAGAUAGUUCUGCCAUGCUACUGAAGUUAGCCAGUGGAACAGAUGCUGAGGAGCCUGAAGAGGAAGAGGAGGAUACAGGUGUAGUACUUAGAAUAAAAUCCAUUGAUUCACCAACGCCAUCAGAUUUAAGAAAGCUACUAGAAUCACAUGCAACUCAUAGUAGAAUGCCCAAAAUUGAAGUAGGCCAGAGAUUUUGUUCAGCGAUACCCCAAGGCAUGUUUGACAGAAACAUGGCAAAACAUACAAAGUUCUCUAUGAUGCAGCAUUUGCAAAACAAAAGAUGUAGUAACAUGAGACUGCAGAGAAUGAAAUCCAUCAGAACCAUGCCAGAGAGGGCAUUAUCUUGGUCAGAGGAAGACUCAGACAUUUGUUUUAUGAGAGGAAAUCAAACAAGGUUAGGUAAGCCAAAGACCAGGUCAGCUACUGUAGACAUAUCACCUACAGAUGAUAGACACAACGUUACUUCUGUAAUGUCCAAUAUAAUGGAUACAGUUUUUGAAGAGGAUGAGAUAGAAAACAGACCAUUAUUGCAGAAAGGUACCAGUCUUCCAGUAUAUGCUGAAGGAACCAGUCGUCCAAAGGUGGAGUCGGGUAUAACUGUCAUAUCACCUGAAGAAUUUGGAGACACAUUUUGUGUACCAAAUAAGAGUAAUGAGCCAGAAAAUGUGGCUUCUGUAACUGAUGAUUCAGAUGAACCGAAACCAGGUAUGCCAUCUGGAAGAAAAAACAGCAGCCACGUUUUAACCAGACAAGGUGCAAUGGACGACAUUCCAAUGAAAAAGAUCAGUAGAUCAACAUCACAGUAAUGUUUCUUUUGUUGAUAUAUAUUGAUAAGAAGUAUUGAAAGAGAUAAAGUCCUAUUUUUAUAUAUUUAUUAAUGUACUAAUUGCUGCCUUUGUUUUAUAUAUAACUGCCGUAGGCUGAUGAAAACUAAUCAUGAUAUUCAUGAUUUUAGCAGCAAUUGAAGCCAUACAUGUGCAAUGUCUUUCAUAGUUUGUUAGUUUUUAUAAUUAUUUUCGCUCAUAGAAAUAUAUUGACUUGAAUUUUAAAUUUUUGAACUCUAAGAUGGUUUGAAAAUUAAAAAAAACAUUAAGCAAAUCAUAAUGGCUGCAACAUAGAACAUCUUACAGAAAGUAAUUAUAUUUCUGUGUAACUGUUCUUUAUUUGUCAUAUUCUUUUAGAAGAAUGAUUUUGUUUAAAUGACUUUACCUUAACAAUUUAAACUUGUUAUCUUUACAUGUUAACGUGUUACAAGUUGUCAAACUACAAAAAAGAACAUUAAGUAAUGUAUCUUCUAAUGAAACAUUCCUUUUUUAACAGAGUUUUCCAACAAAAAUCUUCGUAUUGAAUUAGGAUUGUACAGCUGGUGGGCGGGCUGCUCUUGUUGUUUCUGAGCAAUAAUUUAUGAACCAUUCAACUAAUGCUCUUCAAAUUUUAAUAUGUUGGGUACUGAUUACAAAUAUCAAGUAGGAUAUUGAUGAUUUUCACUUUUGCAGUUCAGUAGUUAUGACCCUUAAUUGCUUAAUAAUGACUCUAAUAAAUGUAAUAAAAUCCUGGUUUACUGUCAUCUUGACAGCCUCUUGUUUACAGAUGAAUCAGAUAAUUUGAAUGAGUUUUUUUAGUUUGUAUGAAUGCUUGUUACUUGAAAUCAAUUUCAGCAUUUAUAGUUCUCUUUUAAAUCAAAAUCUUUUUAUUAUACCAGCAAUUAUAUUGUUAUUUAAAAAAAAACUUUUUCUGAAUAGCAAUUUUGCAUUCUGUUUAAAGUCCUAUAUUCUAUGAUUUAGUAGUAGAAUGAGUUUGUUGGUCUAUAUAGUCAUUAUUCAGUAUUCAUUUUUAGGUAUUACUAGUUAGACAUUAAGUAAACAAUUUAAGCUUUUAUUUUUUUUUUUUUUUUCCAUUAAUUAAAAAAACAGUAGUGAUGUAUAUAUUAGUUAAAUAAGCAAUAUUAAUAACAGGAAUAAAAAUUCUACUUAAAUCUUUGAUUUGGCUAGUAGAAAAUCUUAUUUCUACAAGUAGAGUGAAUGUUUUAGCAUUUUACUUUAAAGUUUAAUUAUACAUUUUUACAUGUAUAAAUGAUUUGAUUUAAUUUAAAGAUUGGUAUAAAAGCGGAUCUAGGAAAAUUGUUUAAAAAGUAUAAUGAUUUCCAGGUGGAAAAUUUCUUAGUUUAACCUUAGGUUUUUUUAAUUGGUAGAAAAUAUCUUAUAUUGUUAUGUUUAACAAAAUGUUUUUAGGGUAAGUAAAUUGUACCUAUAUGGUAGUGAAAUGUUAUUUUAGUCAAAAUGUGUAAACGAUUUUAAUAUAUUUUCAUAUUGUUUUUAUUAUAAAGAGUGUAUUUAUUUUUGAUUUGGUUUGUUAAAACAUUAUUAAUGAUGUUAAAUUAUGUGUGUUUCAGAUAGUGUCGUGUCCGGUGAGAAAUAUUGCAACAUUGUUUUAAUGAUGUGAAAAUAACCGAUCCUUAAGCACUUUACAUCUCUAUGUUUAAGUAUUACAUUCUCAGUAAUUAAAGAAGUUGACCAAUAAUAUAGAAAUCCUUUCUCAUUUUAAAUACAGGUAUUAGUAUAGUUCUAAUGUAUCCCCUUUAAGCAAUAUUUGAUACAGGGUCUUGCUGAAGUAUGUUAAUUUGAAAUUAGUACCAAUCUGCAAAGGCUGAAAAAUUUGAAACUCUUGCAUCAGUUACUCUAUGUAUAGUAUAUAUAAAACAUGAUGUUUUGAACUGUUUUUUUUUUUUAUGGAAAAAAUGUUUUUAUAAAUUUUGGGUGGUAUCAUAGGAUUGCGGACUUGCUGGUGGGCAGGCACUCCAAAUCCUUACUGUACAAACAGUUAAACCAAUUCUUUUCAAAUUUUUGUAUGGCAUUUCUCAUGACAAAGGAGGUCAAGUUUGAUAUUGAUAAUUUUCACUUUGUCAUUAUGAAGAAUGGUAUACUGUGCAUUAAUUUAGAACCAUGGACCAAUUAAUUUCAAAAUGUUUUGUUGUUUCUGAUGACAAAGUGGAGGUCAAGUUUAAUCUUGACAAUUUCCUCUUAUGUUAGGAGUUGUGGCCCUUUUAUUGCUUUAACAAUGACACUAAUAAAUGUUAUGAAAACUGGGUUUGCUGUCAGCUUGACUGCCCCUUUAAAAGAAAGCUGAGGAACUUAGUAUAGAAAGAAAUCUAAUUAGCAUAAUACUAAAAGAAACAUGAGGAGCUUAGUAUAGAAAGAAAUCUAAUAAGCAUAAUACAAAAAGAAACAUGAGGAGCUUAGUAUAGAAAGAAAUCUAAUAAGCAUAAUACAAAAAGAAACAUGAGGAGCUUAGUAUAGAAAGAAAUCUAAUAAGCAUAAUACUUAAAGAAACAUGAGGAGCUUAGUAUAGAAAGAAAUCUAAUAAGCAUAAUACAAAAAGAAACAUGAGGAGCUUUGUAUAGAAAGAAAUCUAAUAAGCAUAAUACAAAAAGAAACAUGAGGAGCUUAAUAUUAAAAAAAACAGAAUGCUCUGUCUAGCCUUAUAAUGGAAACAAAUUCCUCAAGCUAUCUAGUGUGGUAAUCUCAAAAUUAUACACUCAAACUAUGAUUAGGAUGAAAAGAAAGUGAAAGGUUUUUUUAGUCCCCUACCGACGAAGUUGAAGGGGACUUUAGGUUUGCACUCUGUCCGUCUGUCCAUCUGUCAAUCCAUCAGUCCGGCAACUCAGUUUUCCACACAUUUCGUUCUUGAAGAUAUUGAUUUAAUAUUUGGUAUAUAGUUUUAUCAUGACAAGUUAUAGGUCAAGUUCGAAUUUUGUUCAGGUCUGAUGAUUUAGUCUAGAGUUAUGGUCCAUCAAAAAACUCCAUAACUAAUGUGAGAGUACUAUGUUAAACCAUAUAUCUGUACAAAGGGAGAUAACUCAUUUUUAAAAGACAUUCUUUGGUAAAUUGUUUGAGGAAUUUUGUGGCAGGUUUAUAUGUUAUUUUGUAUAAACUAAUUUUCUGAAUGCUACAUGUAUAUAUAUAUAUGUUUUUUUUUAUUAAGUUAAAUCCUUUAAUUAGAUAAUAAUCUAUUUUUAUUAAGGUAUAUAUUUCAUUACAUUAUAUUGUGUAGAUAAAAGUUGUUGACAUUUUAUAGAUAAGUUACAAAUCUAUAUUAGUUUGUGACAAAUGAAAGAAAAAAUAUUUGGAACUAUUAAUUAUAUUUGAUUGUUAUUUGAAAAUAGAUAUACAUUGUAUUACAUCACAUCUAAUUUUAGAGAACUAUAAAUCAUAUCUAAUGUUAGAGUGUUAUAGGUUUUCCACACUAUUUUUCAUCAUGCUUGAAGAUAUUGAUUGACAAUUGGUCUAUAGUUUUAUCAUGACAAGUUACAGAUCAAGUUCAAAUUUUUGUUUCGGUCUGAUAAUUUUGUGCAGAGUUAUGGUCCUUGGACUUGAAAAAAUUCACUCAUAUAUUCAGUUUUCCACACUGUUUUAGUCAUUUGAAGAUAUUGACUUGAUAUUUUCUUUUUGUUUACACCAUGACAAGUUAUAUAACAAGUUAGCAUUUUGUUCCAGUAUAAUGAAUUUUUACCCGGUAGGGGACUAUGUAUUGCCAUGCAAUACUCUCAGAAUGCUUGUUUUACUAGCUAUGCUACUGAAAGAUGUUAUGUAAAACUGAUAUACUCAGAAGGAAAUUGUGUUCUGUACUAAUUAAAAGUACAUUGUUCAUUUUUAAGCUUUUUCUUUUGUUUUUUGUUGCCUAUUUUUUGUAUUAUUUAUUGUAUAUACAGAUAUUUGUAAUUGUUGAGAACAAUCAUUUUAUUGGAUUUUUGUCAAGCCUGAGAUAAAAGUUGUAGAAGUGAGACAUGGCGAUCUACUUCCAGUCUGCAUCAUCAACAUUUAGGUUCAAUCUGAAGUUUAAAGUAUUUUAGACAUUAAACGCUUUGUCAGACCUUCGUUGAAUUUAAUGCAACCUAACUUCUUUGUGAUCAGAAGACAGUAUUCAGAGCAAAAUUUUUAAAAUAUUUUUUUUCCAUCUUUCUGUAAUUUAUUGAUAAAUAAACUUAAAUGUUUUGCAGUUAACAUUUUGAUUCAGUCUGGAGUUAUUGUUCUUUUAGACAUCAAUCACUUUGUCAAUCCUUCAUAGAGUUUUAUGAAACUUUUACAGCAGUAUAUUUAUGAUUAAGAGAACAAAAAUGAAAAAAAAAAUUCUUUUAAUUUUCCAGUAAUUUACUGAUAGAUGGACUUAGUGUUUACAAUAAACAUUUACAUACAGUCUGAGGUUAAACUAUUUAAAACAUCAAUAAAAAAUAAAUUUGAUUUUGAAUGUUACAAAACUUGGACAAAAGCUUCUUCAUUUUCAGAUUUUGGCAUCUGAAGAAAAUAGUAAUUUUUAUUUGACUUGUUCAUAUUUUUAUUAUCAAUGGACUUAGUCUUAUUUUACACUGACAGCAGCAAUCCUAGGCAAGACACAGGGUUUAGUGGAAAACUUUAUGAUUAUUUCUAAUAUUUAUAAGUAUUUAUAUCCUGAAAUAUCAUCUGUGAUCCUAUUAUAACCAAUCAGAUUUGGUUUGAUAUUUUUAAUGCACUUCAAUAUAAUUUGUUUUGCUGGUCAUUAGAACUAUCUUGUGGUCUAUCUGCAGUAUGAACACCACUAACAAAUUUAGAUAUUGGGAGUGAUGUUUUUAUAAUGUUGAUAUACAGACCCUUUAACUCAAAUGAUUCAUAGAAUUGAACUUGAUGGCAUGGGUAAAUAAUCUAUUCAUAAACCAAUCAUUCAGAUAGUUUGAGACCCAUCCAAAGUGUCUUCAAGAACUAGCAAAGGAUUGUUACAUUAAAAUGCCAAACUGGCCAACUGAUUACUCCAAUGAUGCAGUGUCACUUUAAACAUCUGAAUACUAAAUUUAAAAUGAUUGAUGACUUGAUGUUUAUUGAGUCUUGUUAUUAGCUAAUAUCUAUCUUUAAAGAUGUGCACAAAUCACUAAAAUUAUUAGACUUCAGCAGAUGUCAGAUUUGAAGGUUUAAAAUAUUUGCAAACAAUUUUUGAUGACAGAAAAUUUUUGAAUGUUUAUCAAUUUUGUCACAAUGUUUAUCAAUUUUUGUCACAAUAUGUUUUUUUAUACUUCCUUUUGCUUUGAAUGAAUGUGUAAAGUUAAUAAAAAAUGUAUUAAUUUUCUAUGUAAAUACAUAAAGCCCAGUCAUUGGUGGUCAUAUCACAUUGUUAGAUAAAUACAUAGAACAAAAACAAUUUGAAAAAAGAAGAAACAUAAUAAUUCAAUUGAAUCAGAUGUUAUUCUUUUCAAUUCAAUGUCAGGUUAAACUUUAUCUGGAGAUCUUUGAAUAAGACAAAGGAGAACUAGUUGAGGUAAAUUAUUGUAAAUGAAUUCAAUGUUUGAUCUUUACAUUGAAAUAAGAAAUGAAAUUGGGUAACUUGUUUUGUACAGCAUUAGAGAUAUCUAUACCUUUAUUGGAGGGAGUUUUUCAGUAUACAUUCCUAUACUGUUAUCAUUUUUACAUACUGAGUUUAGGUGCAUUGUUUACUUCAAAUGAAGUAUCUGAUGAUCUUGCAAACAGUUUAUGUAUUCACAAAGUUAAGUACUAUGAAAAAAAUGCAAAAGAAUCCUUUUUUAAUGAACCUGUACCAUAUUUGACUUUUGGGUUUAAUCUAGGAAAACUUAAUAUUGGCAAGACAUAGUUUAUUUAUACCAUUGCUGCUAUCAAUAAAAGAGAGGCAGCAGAUACCAAAGGGAAAUUGUUUACUUCAAUUGAAGUAUUUUAUGAUCACUAUUAUCAUCUUGCAAUUAGUUUAUUUAUUCACAAAAACAGAUGGUCUACACCUAAUGUAAAGUUUUCAAAAUUAAUAUACUAUUGAGUUAGUACUUAUUAGAAUAACAUAUAUUAACAAUGAUUGAUGGUAAGCUAUAGAACUGAGUCAACCGGCAGUAGCAGUAGAAUUGCCCUAGUACAUGCAUAUAUGAUAUCCAUUUAAGUGUGCCUGACAUGUUCUUUGAAAAUCAGGUACAUAUGCAGAUAAAUUGUCAACUUAGCUGUGGAAAGUUGCAACCUGAAGUUUAGUACAAAAACAUAUAUAAACUGAAAUGUUUUUAAAUGAAAUAUAUGGCUGUCUUACAAUUAUUCUAAAAUAAUAAAAAGGCCUUUGGCAUAGAUCUUUAGUUAUUGACACACUUGCAUUACAACAGAAACAUCUGUAUGACAAGCUGUAUAUGAAUGAAUUUAGUCUUUCCGUGAAGUGACUUUUGAAUGUCUACAUUGUUUUAAUUGUUAAGUUUUCUGAUUAGAUGUGAUAAUGUAGAAUAAUUUAUGAUUGAAGAUAAGUUUGAGGAAUGCUGUUGUGUUAGUGACUGAAUUUGUUUUGUAAGGUCCUUUGUUUUAUUACUUAUUUGCAUUUACUGAAUAAGAAAAAAAAAAUGCAUUGUUCAAUGUAAAAUUUAACAUUCCAUUUUUAUUUUAUUUAAGGAAGACAAACAUAUCUUUGUUAAUAUUUUUAUUGUCUUUAUAAGGCUUUGUUAUAUAUUUUUUGUUAUUACAAAUGAGGCAAGAUCAUAGCUAUUACAGAAUGUAAAAUUCAUUGCUUUUUAAAUUUUAAUUAGAAAACUUUAGACAAUGAAAAGAAAGUAAAAGAAGUGAAUUUAUUUGAUAUUAUAGAUUAAUUAAAAGAAUAAACAAGGGAUAGAAUAUUAAUCAACUUAGCAACUUCAUAGAAUUUUUGCAGGUAAUUCCCGAUAACCAAAAAAAGUUUUAACUUAAGGUUAUUAGGUGUCGAAAUUAGUACAGAAUAUGAUAUUGUACUCAAUAAAGUGAUCAUUGUAUUUAUAGUAAAAGAAGUCACUUUUUUUGCUUUCAUAAAACAAAAAUAUUUCUUGAAAUAGAAUAAUGCUAGGUUUAUAAUUUUGCCUUCUGUUAGUUGAAACUGAUGCUGAAUAAUUUUAUCGAAUCAUUUAUAUUUAAUCCAUUUUCGUUUCCUGCAUAAUUUAUAUCGAAAUUUAUUAUUAAUAUGUUAAUUAGUUAUGAUUAGUUAAGAAUUAUAAGAAUAUAGUUUAUUUUGAUAGAAUAAAUAAUGAUUAGAUA